UUUUUUGUUUUCAAAAAAAUUUUGGUGUGUUCGGUCUGCGUCGCGCAUUGUUGAACCAAACGGAUCGAAAAACUGCUAAAAUGCAGCUGAGCCGUCGAAAAAUCGGGGAAAAAUAAAUCGCGACGAGUGUAAGACGCGAAGGCAAUGAAAAUUCCGAGUUAAAGUGUGUGAGUUGCAAACGCAAAGAGAAAAGCAAUCAGAAAGAUAUCCUGGCCCACGCAGGAUGGCUGUGUGAAGCAAACGCGAGGAUUAAAAGGAGGGAGGAUAAGAAGAAGAAGAAGCUGAAGGCGGAGCCGCAUCUGCCGCAGUCAAAACACAAGAGGAAAUCCAACAAAAGCGAGAUAAAGUGCAUUCAGCGCAGGGAAAUGUGAAAUGUAAACGAUGUUGCAACGUCGCGUUGCUAGUAAAAAGCAAGUAAAAGCAGAAGCAAAAGCAAAAGCAUAAGCAAAGUCAGAACAAACAAAAUACACAAAGUGUGAGAGUGAGAGAGAGAGAAGGAGUGCUCGGGUGUAUCUGUGUGACGACUAGUGCGUGCGUGUGUGUGCGUCCACAACAAAUUAUCGUUUAAUUUCCUUCGAUUUUGCACAAACAACAAGCUGAAAAAGAGCAAAGAGAGCGGGUGACUUUUGAAGCCAAGGGGAUGUCCUCUCCAUCACCACCCCCACCCUAAGGUCACAGGUCACAAGCCAGGAGUCGAGCGAGCGGCUUAAGUGAAAGGCAGACAGGCAGAGCCAGAAGCCAACGAACCCGAUUUGCGAUUUCUGGGAGCAGACAGUCGGCAAACGGAUUACGCACAUCCUGCAGAGCUUUCUCGCACAAAACUAAAGCUGAAAAGCCAGCCAUCCAGUCAUCCAGUCAUCCAACCAUUGAACAAACCAGGCACAAUGUCUAAGCACACGGACAACGAUAAUCUGCGCAAUGACAUCUACGAAAAUCUGCCCUGUCAGGCGAUGUACAACGACUCGGUGCGCAAGAUGCAGCAGCAGAAAUCAUCCACGCAGACGGGCGGCAACCCAAACAACCCGAAUGCCAACUCCAUUGGAGUUGGCAACUGCAACUCCACGCCGGCGAUGAACAAGAACCACCCGCCGCCGCCCGUCUCCAACAUGCCCAAGGAGAUGCUCUACGCCACUCCGCUGCGCAAGUCCGAUCGCUACAAGAGCGGCGAGCGGGGUCGCCAUGCGGCCACCGGAAACCCGGAGCCGAAGCUGUCCAACUUUCGGGACUCGAAUCGCUUGGCCAGUGCCCGCAACGGAAACCCCGUCCAGAUCACCGAUCUGGAUGCGGACGAGGACGAUGCCAACGGUGAUGGCGUGGACGGCUGCGCCUCGACGAGCGCUCUAGUCGGUGGCUCCAAGUACAGCAACCAGCAGCCGGGCGGAACGGCAAACCAGCACCUCGAGGACCGACGGAUCCUCAACUUCCUCAAGGACACCACGCAGCUGCAGAAGAAGCUGGAGAUCACGGGACGCGACUGUCCCAACGCCAGCUUCUCGAACCUGGCGCGUGAGGAGCACUUCGCCAACCUGGUGCAGCAGAACUUCCCCCAGGACGUCGCCCACCACUCGAAUGGCGAGACCAACGGGGGAUCAGCUCCCGAGGAAGACGGCCAGGAGGCGGCCGGGGGACCGAAAGCCCAGCCAGCCGAGGACACAGAUGGCAACCUGGAGGCCCUCAUGCAGAGGAAGGUGUCCCCGGACAAGGAGGUCAACGGGCUGGUGCACGGAGGCGGCUUGGAACAACCCAACAACCGGAUCGUGAGCACCGUCUACAUCCACAGGGAGUGGGUGCUCAAGAAGAUCGCCCUGUGCCUGGAGCAGCGGACGGCGGGCAAGAAGCCAGUGCCAGUGGCCCUGGGAGCAGCCUCCUCCAGUUACGUGUCCGCCAGGGCAAAGGCGGCGGCCAUAUCGAGCUCCAGCUACAACGGCUGCCUGGUGCUGGGAUCCAACGGAUCGGGGAAGACCUCCAUCUGCCAGGCCAUCAUGAAGGGCAACUCGGGCACCAAGGGCAUCCUCAACCGGAAGCUGCUGGCCUGCUACCUGAUUGAGUCCCAGAACCCGGAGUGCCACAGCCUGUCGCUGUUUAUGCGCAAGAUCGUGCUGCAGCUGCUCAGCCACGCCUCGCUGAUCAGCAAGGACGAGAGCCAGCGGAUCAUCGACGAGGGCUUCUCCUUCCUGCGCGAGGAGGCCCAGCAGCAGGAGUUCAAGCUGGACGAGGCCAUGAACAACAUCAGUCUGAGCGAGAACGCCGAGGAGCUGCUCAUCGAGGAGCUCAAGCGAGGGGCCAGCGAGUGCGACACCAAGGAGCUGGACAACUUUCAGUCGCAGCGCACCUCCACGGUGAACAAGGCCACCCGAACGGGUCUCACGCGCCAGCAGUCGGAGCCGGCUCCCCUGCAGGCCGUCGAUGCAGUGAACCCGGAUGAGAAGUCGGCCGGCAACUAUGGCACCCAUCCUCCGAAGCGAGCCUCUCGGGAGCGGGGAGAACCGGAGCAGGACAAGGACGUGGGCAGCGAGAAGGAGCAGAAGCAGUCGCAGGAACCAAAGGAGCCGCCCAAGGCGAGUCCCGCCAAGACCAAGUCGAAGAUUCCCGUCAAGCGCGGUCGCUCCGGCAGCGGAGUGCUCUCUCCCUCGAAGCUGUCCACCAUCAGCAACGGAGGGCAGUCCAUCCAGCAGGGAGGUGGCGAGGACAUAGCCGAUCUCAAUACCGAUCAGGAGAAGCACGAAAUCGAGGCGGCCAUCAAGGAUGACAAGGUGGAGGAAGCCCCGGCCAAGAACGAAGACAAAGAGGAGGAUAAACCAGAGGCGGACAAGGAGCUGAAUGAGAUACUGAAGGAGGAGCUGGACAAGGAGAGUCAGGAAGUGAAGGAGGCGGAACCAAAACCCGAACCCUCAGCUGACUCCAGUACGGAACCUCUCAUAGACUUUACAGAAACCAAAGUGAAUGGCAAACCGGAGGAAGUGCAGCAGGCACCGCCCGUUCCAGGCGACAAACCCAGGAUCAGCACCAACACCUUGCCCCCGCCUCUGCCGAAGACCAAGAGCUGUCGCACCAUCAUAGCCGAUGGCUACUACGAGCUGCUGCUCUCCAACCCGGAGAUCCUCGAGUGCCUCAGCGUGGAUAACAUCGAGAAGAACCCCGACGAGUGCUUCAAGAAGGCCUUCCUGUUUCCCCUCCUGGAACUCACACCGCCAAAGACGGCUCUUCUCCUGCUGAUCGACUCCAUUGACGAGAACUACAUUAACGAGGGCAACCUGAUCUCCACCCUGAAGGGCGGAAGGGGCACGGUCACGAACCACAAGAGCCGCAACGUGGCAGAACUGCUCUCGAAUCACAUCCACCUGUUUCCCAAGUGGCUGUUCCUCGUCUGCACCACCAAGAAGCAGACGAAGCAGAUCACCAAGAUGUUCACCGGCUUCAAGAAGAUCACACUGGACGAUCUGCGCAAGUCGCACGUGGUUAAGGACGUUCAGGAGUACAUCAUCAACCGACUCAACUCGGACUUCAAGGACAGCAUCAUGCUGACCAAGGAGAUCAUAGAGUCCCUCCACCAGCUGUACAUCAAAUCGAACGGCUGCAUCCUCUACCUGGAGAAGGUUCUGCACGGCAUCAAGGACAACUUCUUCAGCUUCCGGGAGAUCAAGCUGAUCCCCUGCACUCUGAACGGGCUGUACUUGUACAUCUGCCAGAAGUCCUUCAACAAGAAGCAGUACAUGAAGAUCAGGCCCCUCCUGAAUGUCCUGCUCGCCUCCUCCGGCUACGUGGACAAGCUCUUCCUCUUCAACUGCCUGCGCACCCACAACUACACCAUCGACUGCCAGGAGUUUGAGAAGCGACUGCAGUUGAUGCGCAAUAUCCUGGCCUACGAUUCCAACGCCCAGCGCCUCAAGAUCUUCCACAACUCCUUCGCCGACUGGCUGGUGGACGUCAAGUUCGCCACCAAGAAGUUUAUCUGCGACGUGAACGAGGGCCACGUGAUGAUCUCCAUGUACUAUCUCCUCGUGGCGGACACCCUCUGUGCGAACACUGUCCGGAGGUUUGCCUACCACCUCAUCAGGUCGGGGGAGUACCUGACCAGCCGGCAUGUCGAUCUCGAUCUCAUCCUGAUGCUCCUGGAAUCGCGGCUCAACCUGAGCGACUGCUUCUACACCAACCAGAUGAACUGCUGUGCGCAGUGCGAGCACGACUUCAAAUACGACGUCAACUUCCUGCCCAAGACGCGCUCCAUGCUCGAGCGCUUCCUGGCCAGCGAGCUCAGCGAGCCCUUCGCCCAGUUCCUGUGCGACUUCUUCAAGCCCAGCCUCCCCACGGAUGCCAAGAUGCUGAAGCUGCUCAUCGAGACGGGCAUCAACAAUGCCGAGUCGCAGAACUCUUGCGAGUCCUCGCUCAUGUCGCCGGAACUCUCCGAGAAGUCGCAGAACAUAGACUUCGAGCUGGCCGACCUGCUGUUGUCCAGCGAGAAGAGCUGCCUGAUGGAGACCCAGCGGGCCGGCAGUCCCUCGGAGCACAGUGAACCACCGGCAGAGAGCCAGGACGAGAACGCCUCGAGCACGCUGCACCAGCUCUCCGACUCGCACCACAUUGAGCUGCACAAGGGCAAGGCCCUGAUCCACAUCCUGGCCAACGACGGCAACCAUCAGCUGUUGGAGAGGGCCUUGAAUGCCUGCAAGAGUCCGAUUGACCUGGAGAUCGAGGACUACAAUGGUCAGACGGCCCUGAAUAUUGCCGCAAGGAAUGGCCAUCUCGAGGUGGUGAAGCUGCUCUUGGGUUUCUCGCAGCCCUGCAACGAUGGAACCGGUCGGAUGAAGCGGGUGGAUGUCAACCACGCCGACCGCGAUGGCUGGACACCUCUGAGAUCAGCAUCCUGGGGAGGUCACAGCGAGGUGGUGCGACUGCUGAUCGCCCAACCAGCCUGCAAGAUUGAUCUCGCGGACAAGGAAGGACGCACGGCUUUGAGGGCCGCUGCCUGGAGUGGACACGAGGACAUCCUGAAGCUGCUGAUUGAAUCCGGAGCGGAUGUAAACUCCGUGGAUCGCCAGGGACGCACCUCCCUCAUCGCCGCCUCCUACAUGGGCCACUAUGACAUCGUGGAGAUUCUCCUGGAGAACGGGGCCAAUGUCAACCACCUGGACUUGGAUGGACGCAGUGCUCUCUGCGUCGCCGCCUUGUGCGGAUCCUCCGGCUACAGCAAGGUGAUCUCCACUCUCCUCGACCACGGCGCCAAUACGGAUCAGCUGGACAACGACGGCAUGUCGCCGCUGCUGGUCAGCUCCUUCGAGGGCAACGCCGAGGUGUGCGAACUGCUGCUGGAGAACGCCGCGGAUCCGGAUCUCGCUGACUUCAUGGGGCGCACUCCGCUGUGGGCGGCCUGCACCGCCGGACACGCCACUGUGGUGAAGCUGCUCCUCUUCUGGGGCUGCGGCAUCGAUUGCAUGGACUCCGAGGGACGAACCGUUCUCAGCAUUGGCGCCGCCCAGGGAAAUGUGGAGACGGUGCGGCAGCUGCUCGACCGCGGACUGGAUGAGACGCAUCGGGACAACGCCGGCUGGACGCCUCUGCACUACGCCGCCUUCGAGGGAUUCCACGAGGUGUGCCUGCAGCUGCUGGAGUCGGGGGCCAAGAUCGACGAGUGUGACAACGAGGGCAAGACCGCUUUGCAUCUGGCCGCCCAGGAGGGACGACUCCACUGCGUGCAGGCCCUGCUGGACAUCCACUCCAGCUUCGUGGACCAGAAGGCUCACGACGGCAAGACGGCCUUCCGACUGUCCUGCCUGGAGGGCCACAUGGACACCGUGGAGUAUCUGCUGAAGUUCUGCUGCGACGUGAACUCCAAGGACGCGGACUCGCGCACCACCCUGUACAUCCUGGCGCUGGAGAACAAGCUGGAGAUCGUGAAGUACCUGCUGGACAUGACCAACGUGGACGUGAACAUUCCGGACAGCGAGGGACGAACGGCCCUGCACGUGGCCGCCUGGCAGGGACACGCGGACAUGGUCAAGACCCUGAUCGAGGCCGGGGCGGAUGUGAACUCCAUGGACCUGGAGGCCCGCACCCCACUGCACUCAUGCGCCUGGCAGGGCAACCACGACGUGAUGAACAUCCUGCUCUACUACGGAGCUCUGGCGGAUCACGCCUGCAAGCAGGGAGCCACCGCUUUGGGGAUUUCGGCACAGGAGGGUCACGAGAAGUGCGUGAUUGCCCUGCUGCAGUUUGGGGCCAAUCCCUAUAAGUCGGACCACUGCGGACGCACGCCCAUCAAGCUGGCAGCCAAGUCGAGUCGCACCAGCAUCCUGAAGAUCUUCGAGAGCUACACCAAAAAUGAAGCUAGCAAUCCCAACGAACCCAAGUUCCAUGCUCACGCCAGCAUGCUGAGGUCUCCGGACCAGCCGCCGGCCCUGCCGCUCCACCAGAACCUGGCUCCCUAUCCUGCGCAAGCCUCCGCCACGUCGGUCUGCUCGGCGGCCACCACGGCCACGGUGCACAACGGCAGCCACCUGCACGUGCUCAACGCCUCCAGCUCCACGCACAGCUCGAACAACUUCUACCAGAACACCAUGCAGUCGGACACGAGCAGCUUGCACAAGCGCAAGAGCGUCAUCUCUAGUCAGUCCACGGGCAGCAGCAAUGAUCAAGCGCCGCUUACCUUCACCCAGCAAUUGCAGCGACAAAGCAAGCUCAGCUCACGCAACAAUCUGAUGGUCAACUCGAAGCACGCCUCCAGCUCGGGAGCAGCAGGUCUCAAGUCAGGUGGUGGAGGCGGAGGAGCACAGAGGCACUCGCAGGUUCUGCCCGAUCUCAGCGAGCAUCAGCUUGCAUCCAACAUGACCAACGAGGCAGACAUGUACGACAUGGAGUGCAUGUCGCCCCUGUAUGCCACGCCCCCGCAUUCGCCCAGCAGCGAGUUGAGCUCACCCGGCCAACUGCCGGGAUUGAAUGCCUUCGUGGACGACGAACGGGCCGGAACUAGCAGUGGCGGAGGCGCCAAGCUGCCGGAUAACCACUUCGCCCGGGACACGCACAUGCGUAUCAUACUGGGCAACCUCAAGGAAAACCAGCCCAGCUCGUCGAGCAAGAGCAAGCGUAGCGGAGUGUCGAGUAAUCCGGCAAUGCGGCUUAUUCGCAGUCGCUUCGAUGCUGCAUCCCAGUUGAUCCGGCGCACCAACAACAUCCUCUCCUCCAGCAGCAACCAGGGCUCCUCCAGCAUUGGCGUCAAGUCGGGAACCUUCCAGUGGCGCAAAGAGAGCCAGAUGUAAACCGGGUUGCAUUUUCAUGCGCUCCUCCCAAACUCACUCCCUUACAUACUCAACCCUAAACCAUUUAUUUGUACUUUUGAUAAAGUAUUUGUUUUUUGUGAUAGUUUCAAUUUUAGUAAACUUUUUAACAUGUAUUCUGAUUUAACUAAAUAUAUUUAGGCAUACUACCCAUACGAAGUAGUUUAAGGCAUGCGCCAAGUAUUAAGCUAAAACCCAUAUAUAGAGUACUUCAUUACACUUUUGGCAUGCGAAUUGUAGCAGAUUCUUCUUCAAUGUAGCGAAAAACUAACGAAAUUUAAAUAGAUCACCACACCAACGUAUACUUAAGAGCUCAGACCACAGCACUGUUCUCAGAAUUAAUUUAAAAGUAUUUAUUAAACCACCUUGCGUUAGACACAGCAA